CUCGUGGCGUCUGAUGAAAAAGAAAUGAACUGACGUACAAGCAGCAUAUAUAGGCCUCAUCGAAUUCACAUGCAAUUCUUACACAACCCGCCAAACCCCUCAAUUCUAUACUUACAUAUAUAUAAGCCUCAAUAUAAUUCUCGUAUUUAGAUCCAUCCUCGGACCACUUUAGUUCAGUUUACCUCAGUUCGUUUCUCCGAUGGAAUCGUUGUCGUGGUUGUGUAGUUAUGUCGAUGAGUUUCGAGCUUCUGCUAAUCAAUAUUUAUCGAAUUUCGAGCCUCUCGUUUUGCUCGUGUUCCCGAUUUUCUCGCUCGUUUUAGCUCAAUAUGUUCGAUUUUUGCUCGGCGUUGUCAACGAUAAGGGACUCAAUGCUACUGUCCUAGGGUUUUUCAUGUCAUUUAUCAAAUUGGUUCCUGGUGUACAACAAUAUAUUGAUGCGGAGAAACAAAAGGUUGUAGAUCAAUUACAGUCUUCCGAUAAAUCAAAAAGAGAUGGUUGGGCAAGUGAGCUGCCGAAGACAGGAUUAGGAUUUGGAGUAAUAGACAGAUUGAAAGAUGCAAAAGCAAAUGAUGUGCCUUGGCAAGGCAAAUGCUCUGGCACAGUCUAUAUUGGAGGCACGGAGUCUGAAGGACAUUUUUCCUUGAUAAACGAGGCUUGUGCAAUGUUUGCUCAUACCAACCCUCUGCAUUUGGAUGUCUUCCAAAGUGUUGUACGGUUUGAGUCUGAAGUGGUUGCAAUGACAGCUGCAUUAUUAGGAAGUAAGGAAAUAUGUUCUGGAGGAAAAAUUUGUGGUAACAUGACUUCUGGUGGAACUGAAAGUAUCUUAAUGGCAGUAAAGUCGUCACGUGAUUAUAUGAAAGCCAAGAAGGGGAUCACAAGUCCAGAAAUGAUUAUUCCAGUAUCUGCCCACUCUGCUUAUGAUAAGGCUGCUCAAUAUUUUAAUAUCAAAUUAUGGCGUGUUCCUGUAAAUAAAGAGUUCCAAGCAGAUUCUCGAGCUAUUAAGCGGUUUAUCAACAAAAACACUAUAAUGAUUGUUGCAUCUGCCCCUGGUUUUCCUCAUGGCAUCAUUGAUCCUAUUGAGGAGCUUGGUGAAUUGGCCUCUAAAUUUGGAAUCUGUUUGCAUGUUGACCUGUGUCUUGGUGGUUUUGUGUUGCCAUUUGCUCGUAAACUUGGGUACCCCAUUCCACCUUUUGAUUUCACCGUUCAAGGAGUUACUUCAAUAUCAGCGGACGUGCAUAAAUAUGGGUUGGCUCCGAAAGGGACAAGUGUAGUUCUCUACAGAAACCAUGACAUCCGAAAGUGCCAAUUUGUUGCUGUUACUGAGUGGACGGGUGGACUUUAUGUGUCUCCGACCAUAGCUGGUAGCAGGCCUGGAGGUUUGAUUGCUGGAGCUUGGGCUGCCUUAAUGUCUCUAGGGAUGGAAGGGUAUCUAGAGCACACAAGAGAGAUUAUGGAAGCUUCAAAGAGGCUACAGAAAGGGUUGAAAGAAAUCUCAGAAUUGUAUAUUAUUGGAAGGCCAGACAUGACAGUUGUCGCAUUUGGAUCUAACAAUCUGGACAUAUUCGAAGUUAAUGAUAUUAUGUCAUCUAAAGGUUGGCACCUCAAUGCGUUGCAAAGACCUAACAGCAUACAUAUCUGCAUCACCCUUCAACAUGUGCCAGUUAUUGAUGGCUUUCUAAAGGAUUUGAAAGAUUCCGUACAGACUGUGAAAAAAAAUCCUGGUCCAGUAAGUGGGGGGCUUGCUCCAAUAUAUGGUGCUGCAGGAAAGAUGCCAGAUAGAGGCAUGGUUGGAGACUUGCUAGUGGAUUUUAUGGAUAGUUCGUGCUGAUGGAAACUCCUUGAUUCAUUGAUCAUAUAUCUUGUUUCAUUUGUUUGCGGAAAGUAUUCUUUGGGAAGUCUGGGAAAAAAGAAAAUCUGUUUCAUAAACACGUGUAUUACCCAGACAUGGGCUAGGAUUUACAGGAGAACUCAUGGGUAGCUUAUUGUAGUUGUGUUAUUGCCCAAGUUUCUUGUUUCCUGGAUGGAACUACAUAUCUAAUGAAUUUAAUUAUAUUCUAAUUACCAA